AUGUAUCCUAAAGCCGCUCUGUCUCGGCGGAAAGAGUCAGCGGCACCAUUGACUGGCGACAGAGACAGUUCGCUCUUUCGGUUUGGAUAUCCUCUCGCCCUGGUGUUAAGACUACGAGUUCUGCAGAUAGUAUGCGGAAUAUCAGCUAUGGUGAUGGGCAGCGUGGCUUUUAUAGAAGAAAGGCAAAAAUUCAACAUGGGACUUGGUAUUCCUGCUGGAGGCAUCAGUGUUUUGGCAGCAGCGGUAUCGAUUCACACUUCUCGGGGUUGGACUGCUGUGACAGGCGUAGCAGGAGCGGGCGCAGGAGCGGCAAGCGUGCUGUGGGCUGCGGCCGCAUGUUUACUAUUAGCACUAGUCGUGCAAUGCUGCAGAACCAUCAUGGAUCCACCUGGAGUUGACCAUGGAGGCGGACCGAUGGAAGAUGACACGAUACCCUCGUCACGUGAUUUAGUAGUAAUCGCGUGUGUUCAAAUCACACUAGCAGCGGCAACAUUACUUAGUGCGGCUAUAUGUGCACGUAUCGACUGCAACACAUGA